GAUAUAAGCGGGCAUCUAUUUAUAAAAAUAAAAAGAACUUAACACGAUUCAGUUCGUAGAUCUUAACGUACAAUAAGCUAAAUUUCCUUAAGCGUAGGCCCCGCUUGCCAGCAGGCUUCUUGGCCUUCAGUUCGAAUGAAUGAGAAAAUGAGAUAAGGUCUUGGCCAAGUAGAGAAUCUGAAGUUUACGCCAACUACAUAUGAUUUAAAGAAAAAAUUUACUUCUUAGCAAAAUAAAUUUUUUUUUAUGAAAAGUAGCCCCUGCAAAAUGUGUAACCCUCAUUUGAAAGCGAGGAUCUACACACAUCAGUCAGUACGCUCCAUACUCUGUUCACGAGAACAUCGGAUACUCGACCCGAUUUUGUACAGAACAUUUUCAUGGAAAUUUUUCUAAACAUAUUUUAACACUUCUUUGUCAAACUCUUCUUUCCUUAAAAAUCAAAAUUUAAUUCUACUCUAAAAGCCCCAUAUCAUUAGAAAUUAUCAUAGCUCGCGGAGAUGGAGAAGCAACUAACAGAGCACAUGGUGGAAAGCAUGUCCAGGUGCAGGGACUAUGCCAAGGCCUUGAAGUUGAAUUUCUGUAACUGCGGCCUGAAUGACAUAAGUCUCUGCCUCAAGAUGCCGUACCUGGAGGUCCUUUCGCUUAGCAUGAACAAGAUCACUUCAUUGAAAAGCCUGGUGAGAUGCACUCGACUGAAGGAGCUGUACUUGCGCCAGAACGAGAUAGCAGACUUUGAUGAGCUGAAAUAUCUAGUCAAUGCCAAAUCCCUCACAUCCCUCUGGCUGCUGGACAAUCCAUGCUCUAUUGCCGCUGGCUCCAACUAUCGGGCAUCUGUGCUACGAAUGCUGCCGAAUCUAAAGAAGCUGGACAACGUAGAUGUUGCCGAAGAGGAGCUGGAAUCCGCUUUGCGAUACGAUUACUACCCGGACGUAGGGAGUGCGAUCCUUAAUCCUGUUUUGGAUUUAAGCAACUGCAGUCCCGAUGACAUGGCAUACCGCGAUAUGAUCGAACAGUGCGAUCGGACGAUCCGUCAGGUCCAGCAGCAGCAAAGGAAAAGAUUCGCUAGCGGGGAUGCCAAAAAUAUUGACGAACUAGCUCGAAUUAGAAGUAGAUCGGUGUUGGUGAAUGGUGAACGCUUGCCUCUGUUCUUUCCGUCCGAUUUGCGUCAGGUGCGUCAGGCUCAAAAAGCUCAGGAUGCGCUUCGGAAGCAAAAGAAUCAGCCGAUUUGGCAUAAUGAGCAGGUUCAGCAGGCUCAUAAGUUUACGAUGACUCCGCAGGCUGUGCACGAACAGGUUCAGGGUAUUCAGUCAAUUUCAUCGGAUCGGAACGCCGACAGCCCUGCCGCUUCUACCUCGACUUUAGCCGAAAAUCUUAUCGAGCUGAUCAAUUCGCGACGCCAAGAUGUGGUGACCCCACCCGGACAUCUGUUGCCCAAUGUAUCCUCUGGGUUAGCAUUGAAUGGCGCUAAUUCCACAACUUUGGAGCGGCAUAAUAACAGUUUGUCGGCGGCUUUGUUACUCAUCCAAGAUAUGAACGCAUCCCAACUGGAGACUCUAGUCCUCGCCAUCAUCGAACAGUUCGUCCAACUUAAUUAAUUUUCAAAAUUAAUUUUUGUAACGUGAUCUUAAAACCCUAAUGAUUAUUGAUUAAUGCUCCACAAUAUAUCCAUUAUAUGAAAUAUAUAUUUAAAAUAUAUCC